AUUUGUUCCAUUUUUUAAAAAAGUACUGAAUGUACAAAAAAUAACUUCUAUUUUUAUUUGAAAAACCAAUUGUAUAAUUGUUAACACAUUUUGCUAGUUGCUGGUUGUUGCGGCACUGAUGCGGUUGUGGCUACAGUGUGAAAACCCCAAAUGUGUCGUAUUUCCGAUAAAAUUCUUUAAAAAACAUCAGACUAAUUCUUUCGAAAUAAACAUCUUGAGGAGGCGGUAAGAGUCUUACGGAAAAAAGGAAUAAAAAAAGCUUUAAAAUGCCCAGUAUCAAGUUGCAAUCUUCGGAUGGGGAGAUAUUUGAUACAGACAUCCAGGUCGCCGAACGCUUCGGAAUUAUUAAGAGUUUGUUGGGGGAUUGCCCGGAGGAUGAUGAGAAUGCCCCUGUGCCGCUGCCCAAGGUGAAUUCCACGAUCCUCCGCAAGGUUUUGAGCUGGGCCCAACACCACAAAGACGACGUGGAGCCCACGGAGGAUGACGACAACAAAGACACGGAUGAGAUAAGCUCCUGGGAUGCCGAUUUUCUAAAAGUCGACAAGUCUAUUUUGUUUGGGAUCAUAGCCGCUGCCAAUUAUUUGGAAAUCAAGGAACUUCUGGAGCUCACCUGCCAGGCGGUGGCCAAUAUGAUCAAGGGCAAGACUCCGCAAGAGAUACGCAACAUCUUCAACAUCAGGGAUGAGUCUACCUUUACUCGUUCCGAGGAGGAGCAGGCUUAACCUUAUGCCAUACAAAUACCUCAUUAAUGUAUUUAAUUAAAACAUAUAUUAUAUAAUAAAUAUGUACUCCAUCAUUCUGCGCCAAAUAUUGUAA